AUGCCUCUCGCUCCCCGUUCAUACCGUCUCAACUCCAUCGAGUCCUCGCCGGACUUUGUCUCCAUGGUCGAUGCGUCUGGAAUGCUGGAAGCCUUCAAGAACAAGCUCCCGCUCCAUUCGCAACAUCCUGACCUCGGCCAUCUCACUCUCCUGGUCUUCGAGGCUGUGCUUGAGGUUGUCUGCGUCAGUCUGCCUGGCUACAUUAUUGCUCGACAGGGCAUGUUCGACGCUGAAGCACAGAAAUUCGUCGCGAAUCUAAACGUACAGCUCUUCACUCCAUUCUUCCACAAACUAGCCUCACAGCUCACCGCAGACAAGCUGGUCGACCUGGCCAUCAUUCCUCUCAUCUUUCUAGUCCAAACCUUCAUCUCAUACGUCUGUGCACGCAUAGUCUCCAGGCUGUUUGGCUUCAAGAUCCGUGCCCAGAAUUUCGUCAUAGCCAUGGCAGUCUUUGGAAACUCGAAUUCGCUACCCAUCUCGCUCGUAAUAUCCCUAUCCAAGACAUUGCAAGGACUGCAUUGGGACAAAGUACCCGGUGACAACGAUGACGAGGUUGCGGCGCGCGGGAUUCUCUACCUCUUGAUAUUUCAACAACUCGGUCAGCUCCUCCGCUGGUCAUGGGGCUACAACGUCCUGUUGAAGCCUGAAAGUGAAUACCCCGACGAGGAUCAAGGAGAGUAUGCCAGGAUUGAGGGUGCUGCCUACUCGGACUCGUAUGGCAAUCUUAUCGACGUCGAGGAGGAAGACGACUGUCCGCCUUUGGGCGAGUCUUUCCACUCCGACUACGAGUCUGGCACGGCUACGCCUCGCAAAGUCGGCCAGUACGACUCUUCGACUUCGACUUCGACUUCGACAUCUAGCUCUGCGUCCAGUGCUUACAAUGCGCAUGACGUCGUGCCUACGCCUGCGAAUGGAAACGUCGUUGCAAAGGGCCCAGGCAACAUGGCUGGCCGGGGCGAACACGCCAGGCAUCGCUCUACCGGCCACAUUACGUCUUUCCCCCGACCUGCAGACGAAUCAGACGACGAGUCGUUUGGAGGCAUCAGAGGGAAGUGGGCACAGAUCAAGAGAAGUGCAGCAGAGUCCAAAGACUCGGCAGCACGGGCUGUAUCGAGAGGUGCGCACGCAGUGUUUAGCAGCCUGCCUCAACCGGUCCAAAGUCUGCUGACCCACAUCUAUGGCUACAUUGCUGCUUUCGUCAAGGGACUGUGGUCGUUUAUGAACCCACCGCUCUGGGCCAUGUUGGCCGCUAUCGUCGUUGCCUCCAUCACGCCGCUGCAACACCUCUUUUUUGACAAGGGCACCUUUGUCGAGAAUUCCGUCACUCGAGCCAUUGGACAGAGCGGCGGCGUGGCCGUUCCGUUGAUCCUUGUAGUUCUUGGAGCCAAUCUGGCUCGCAACACCCUCCCCAAAGAGGACCGGGAUAGCAUGGAGGAUCCCAAGGUCGAGCGGAACAUCUUGAUUGCCAGCAUUGUCUGCCGCAUGGUGUUGCCGACACUGGUCAUGGCUCCGUUACUGGCACUGACGGCCAAGUAUAUACCCGUCAGCAUCGUGGACGACAAGAUUUUCAUCAUUGUCUGUUUCCUCCUCACCGGAGCACCCAGUGCGCUGCAGCUGGCCCAGAUUUGCCAGAUCAACAACGUGUACAUGGGCGCAAUGUCGAGGCUGCUCUUCCAGAGCUAUUAUCGAGGGACAAACUUGAUUGUUUUCUGUGCGUGUCUUCUCGUUCCGGUUUGGAUAUCUAUCCAUCGUUACACUUUACUCUCACCGGGCGCUGUUUGCUGUCACAUUCCCCUCCCCACGGAAGCCCCUCGUUCAAUCAUGGCCGACGAUAUCAACAACACGAACAACAGCAACAGCGUCUCCAUCGCCGAGUCAGAGCGCAUCUCGCCCUUAAUUAUCGGCGCCCACAAGGAUCCCACCACGACUGAAGACCCGCUCGAGCUCGACGGCGCCUCUAAGAGCAGGCCUUUCCCCGCCUCCUUGGCUGGAAAACGUCGCCAUGGCUCCCGUCCUUCGCUGGAGAAAGCUGCUGGGGGUGCUCUGAAUCCCUCGACCGAGGAGUAUCCUCAUGUCUCGUCGUCGGACCGGCUCGAGAGCGGUGGCCAGACGGGCGCUCAGGGGGAGCAUGGUGUUGUUGCGCAGGUCAGUGCUUGGGUGAGGCUGGAGAGGGAGCGGCGGAGUGCGAGGAGGGCGGCGAGAAAGGCGCGGAAGUUGGCGGCGGUGGUGGAGGCGGAAGAUGCUGUUCGGCGGGAAAGUGAACGAGCAGGGUCAGGAGAGCGCCGCGACUCUGACAGCUCCGACGAAGGCUCCGCCGCGCUCGAGAGCUUGACGGCCAUUCUGGAAAAGGCAAUGCUGGCGGAGAAGAGUCAGCGCCAUGGCCAGAGUCGCAGGAACCCGCUCAGCGUGCUUCACAAAAGAUCCGGUUCCUUCAGCAAGUCGCGCCGCAGAUCUCAUCUGGCCUCGUCGGAUACAGAGACUAUCGACUCCGAGCCCCAUGUGCCCACCGCGGACGUCAUUCUCGACAACUCCAAGACGAUGGCCUACUCUGGCGGUCAGAGCGAACCUGCAGCUGCAGACGCCCGACGCGCCAGCACUGCCACCACCAAAGAGCGCGAUCGCCAGGCGUGGACGACGUUCAAGUCCGAGAUUGUCCGCUUGACCCACACCCUGCGACUCAAGGGCUGGAGAAAGGUGCCACGCGAGCUUUCCGACGAGAUUGAGGUGUGUCGGCUGAGUGGUGCCUUGACAAACGCCGUGUAUGUUGUCAGUCCACCAAAAGAGCUGCCACAGGUACCCGAGGCGGCUGAUGUCAAAGACGGCGUACCCGUGCCGCAGCCGCAGAAACCCCCUCCCAAACUCCUCCUCCGCAUCUACGGCCCGCAAGUCGAGCAUCUGAUCGACCGCGAGUCUGAGCUGCAGAUCCUCCGCCGUCUCGCGCGCAAACGCAUCGGGCCCCGUCUGCUGGGCACGUUCAUCAACGGCCGCUUCGAGGAGUUCCUCCAUGCUGAGCCGCUCACGCCGCGUGACCUGCGCAUCCCGGAGACGUCCAGACAGAUUGCGAAGCGGAUGCGUGAGCUGCACGAGGGGAUUGAUCUGCUGCCCCAGGAGCGCGAGGACGGGCCGUUUGUAUGGAGGAAUUGGGACAAGUGGGUGGACCGAUGCGAGCAGGUCGUGACCUGGCUGGACGGCCAGGUCGAUGCUGUUGCUGCUGUUGAGAGGGCAGAUGGCGUGGGCGGCGGCUCGAGUAAGGGGGAGGCCUGGAAGACACGCGGCUACGUCUGUGGUGUGCCGUGGGCGACAUUCCGACGGACGGUGGACAAGUAUCGGACCUGGCUGGACGAGCAGUACGGGGGCGCGGAGAAGCUCAAGCAACGGCUGGUCUUUGCCCACAACGAUACACAAUACGGCAACAUCCUCCGCAUGACCCCCUCGGGCGAGUCCCCGCUCCUCCUCCCCGCAAACGUCCACAAACAACUCGUCGUCAUCGACUUUGAAUACGCAAACGCAAACCUGCCCGGGCUCGAGUUUGCAAACCACUUCACCGAGUGGUGCUACAACUACCACGACCCGGACGCCGCACAUGCCGUCAACACGGCCGCUUACCCCUCUCCGCCCGAGCAGCACCGCUUUAUCCGCGCGUACGUCCUGCACCGCCCGGCCUUUUCGAGCGUCAGCACGCCGCCUACGCCCCUGCUUGCUGCCCGUUCGUCGUCGUAUCCGUCUGCGUCUGCGUCUGCUGGUGCCAAUGGUGCUGUGCCGCACACCCAGUCGUCGGCUAGCAGUAUCAUAUCAGCCUUUAUGCUCGACUCCCGCGCUCCUCCUUCCCUGCCCGCGCAGAGCCCUGAUUCCCGCACCUUCAAGGACAUGACCAGCAAGGAUACCGUCGCCAAGGAAGACGCCGAAAUGGAGGCGCGCACCGAGGAGGAGGUGCAGCGGCUGAUGGCCGAGACGCGCGUGUGGCGCCUUGCGAACUCGGCGCAGUGGGUUGCGUGGGGUGUGGUGCAGGCCAAGGUGCCGGGGUUGCCGGAGGGGCAGAGGGAAGGGAAGAGUGUGGCUGGUGUGGAUGGUGGUGGUGGUGGUGGUGAGAGAGACACGGCGACGCUGGAUGGGAAUGAGCGUGGGCGUGAUGGCGGAGAACAGGGAAAGCAAGGAGACGUACAGGACGUAGAGGUGGACGGAGACGAAAAAGGGGAAGACGACGAAGCAGAAGAAGAAGAAGAAGAAGAAGAAGAAGAAGAGGAGGAAUUCGACUACCUCGCCUACGCACACGACCGCGCCCUGUUCUUCUGGGGCGACGCCGUCUCGCUGGGCCUGGUGGAUGUGGAUGAUUUGCCGGUGGGUAUACGGGGACGGGUCAAGUUUGUGCGGUACUGA